UAUGCUCGUCUAUAAUCGUGGCAAACUAUGGCGUCUACGACCCAGAUAGCCAAAAUUUUCUGAUGCAAUACUGAAAAUAACACGGCGAUUAUCAGCAUUUUGUAUAUUUCCAUACUUUAUUGGUAACGAAAUAUCAGCAAAAUGACAGAAGAGGAUUCGAUGUUUGAUCCUAAGUUGAUGAAGAAAAAGAAAAAGAAGAAGACUGGAUUUGAUGUGGAUGCAGCUAUUGCAGAGGGAGGUAACAUUGUUAAUGAAACUAUAGAAAACAAUGACAAAGAAAACAUGGAUGUUGAAACGACUCCUGCCGAUGAUGAUGAAGCUUUAGAUUUAGAAAACUUUGGGAAAAAAAAAAAGAAAAAGAAAAAGUUUAAUUUAGAAGAACUUGAUGCAGCUCUUCCUGAUAAAACUCCAGAAACGACGGAACCACAGGCAGAAGAACCUGAAAUUGAAGACUUAAAUUUGACUCUUGACUUCACAAUGGGACUAAAAAAGAAAAAGAAGAAGAAGAAGGAUCUUGAUGAACUUAUGGCAGAGGAAAGGAAAGAAAAUGAAACAAAUGAAAAUGGCUGCACUGAGUCCGAGCGAAGUGCAGAUUAUGAGGAGCCAAGUCAGUGGGUCGGCUCAGACAGAGAUUACACAUACGAUGAGCUACUCGCCAGAGUGUUCAACAUCAUGAAGGAAAAGAAUCCUGACAUGGUUGCUGGCAAAAAACAAAAAUUUGUCAUGCGACCUCCUCAAGUCGUUCGUAUUGGAACAAAAAAAACAUCGUUCUCUAACUUCACCGAGAUUUGCAAAACGCUUCACAGGCAACCAAAACAUUUGCUCGACUUUUUACUGGCUGAACUGGGUACGAGUGGUUCCGUAGACGGUAAUAGCCAACUUAUUAUCAAAGGGAGAUUCCAGCAAAAACAAAUUGAAAACGUCCUGAGGAGAUAUAUCAAGGAGUACGUGACUUGUCAUACGUGUCGCUCUCCCGAUACUAUUCUACAAAAGGAUACGCGGUUGUUCUUCUUACAAUGUGAAACAUGUGGCUCGAGAUGUUCUGUUGCCAGUAUCAAAUCUGGUUUCCAGGCUGUCACAAGCAAACGUGCUGCGAUUCGGGCCAAAACUGCCUAAAAUCUAAUCUCGUGAAAUAAAAAAUCUACUUGUUAAUUUAGUGACUAAUUUUGUCAAGUUUUCAUUGUUUUCUUCUUAUGGCUUUUUACCUUGCUCCUUGCUCUAUAAAUAUAAAACAGUUACACUGAAAAAAUAUAAAACAAA